AAGUACACACCACACAAAGCGUCAGUCACAGCAUACAUACCCAAACACGAAAGGCGCAAACUGGCAAACGCCACCGUUCAACGCCAUACUCCCGCCAUGCCGCCGGAAGUACCGUCGGCGCCACCACCCAUUUCCUAAAACUGCCAGUGUGUGUAUAUAUAUAUAUAUAUAUAUAUAUAUAUAUAUAUAUGUUGCCACAUAAAACUACAAUGGCAAUAGCCAAGCAUGCCUCACCGAGACCAAACCUGGCCGAGUCCACUCGUGAACUCAAACACCGAGUCCUGACCUGCCUCAAUAAGCUCUCCGACCGCGACACCCACUCCGCCGCCGCGUCGGAGCUUGAGUCCAUCGCCAACUCUCUCACUCUCAACUACAUCCCUUCCUUCAUCUCCUCCAUCUCCGCCACCGACACCGAUAAGUCUCCCGUCCGGAGACAAUGCGUCCGCCUCAUCUCCGUUCUCUCCGAGUCUCACGGCGAUGCACUCUCCCCAUUCCUCUGCAAACUCAUUUCCGCCGUCGUCCGCCGCCUUCGCGACACUGACUCCGCCGUCCGCUCCGCCUGCGUUACCGCAACCGCCUCCAUAUCCUCUCACAUCACAAAACCUCCAUUCACUCUCAUCAUGAAGCCUUUCAUCGACUCUCUCGUCACCGAACAAGACCAGAAUUCUCAGAUCGGCGCUUCCUUGUGCCUCGCUUCGGCGAUCGAUGCAUCACCAGAUCCGGAACCUCUGUACUUGAAGAGAUUGUUGCCGAGGCUCGAGAAGUUGCUGAAGAACCCGAGCUUCAAGGCCAAACCGGCAUUGUUGACGCUCAUUGCGAGUAUAAUUGGAUCUGGUGCUGCUUCGAGUCAGCAGGUGCUGAAAAUUUUGGUGCCGUGUUUGGUUGAGUUUGUAAGGAGUGAGAAUUGGGCGGCGAGGAAGGCUGCUGCGGAGGCGCUGGUGAAGUUGGCGGUGGUGGAGAGAGAGACAUUGUCGGAGUUUAGGUCUUCGUGUUUGAAGACUUUUGAAGCCACCAAAUUCGAUAAGGUGAAGUCUGUGAGGGUGACCAUGAAUCAACUGAUUGAUGCUUGGAAGGAGAUCCCUAAUGUUUCAAAUGUGGAUUCAGGAUCACCUGAUUUGGAACCUUCUUCCAAAGAGGAUGUUAGUGAUGGGCGCUACCCACCUGGUUCAAAAACCUCCUGCACUGUUACCCCUGGAGCUCCUCAAAUAAGGAAGAAGAACAUCCCAUGUAAGAGGUCUUCUUUACCCGAUGGUUCAAUCACAACUACUGCCAGGAAAAGAAGUCCUCUGGAUAUUAGUGACAAGAAAUCAGGCCCAGCAAUGUUCCGAAAGCUGGACAGGAAGAAGCCAACUGAUUGGAAAAUUGAAAUUUCUUCUCCUCAUACUUCCUCCAUGAUAAUGGUUGAGGACGAAUCCGAGGAUUGGGAUGAGAAAGCUCAGGAGAAAGGUGAGGAAGAGGGAAAUAGGAUCAUAAAGGGAGAAACAAAACGGGCUCUCUUUGAUAAGAACGUGGAUGACAGGUUGCACAAGUGUGGUGGCUUUAAGGCUGGAUCUCAUGUGGUCCCAUGUCAUGGCGAGAAAACAGAAUCUACUGUUGUAGUUAGUAAUCUCACUGAGGAUCUCUACAGGAACCAGAAAGAGAGUGAGGAUCUUUCUUUAAUCCGUAAGCAGCUUGGUCAAAUUGAAAACCAGCAGUCCAGUUUAUUAGAUCUUCUCCAGAAAUUCAUGGGAAGUUCGCAGAAUGGAAUGCGCUCUCUGGAGACACGUGUGCAUGGUCUAGAGGUGGCAUUGGAUGAGAUCUCAUUUGACUUGGCCAGAUCAACAGGGAGGAUGUCAAAUACCGACUCGAAGAGAACCACAUGUUGCAAGCUACCUGGUGCAGAAUUUUUGAGGGCCAAGUUAUGGAGGAAAUCAGAAGGCCGAUAUUCGACCUCUCCUUCGAGCGGAAUCACAUCAGUGUCUGGCAUACGUAACAUGGCCAAUAAUAACGGCAGUGCUGAACCAUAUAAGCUUGAAAAUAGGAGAUUGAGGCUCCAUGGUGCUGGUGGUCUUAUUGUGAAUCCAUUGGCUGAGAUUCAAAGUAAUUCCCCAGGGAUUUCAGCAGUCUCCUCCAACAGAACCUCAAAGAAUGUGCAUGUUACCGUAUGACAUGUGAUUAUAGCACAUCGUUAUUGGCAAUUCUUAUCAGAUGAGCUGGAUAGAUUGGAUGGAAGUUUAAGCCUGGUUACAAAGUAUACAACAGAAGCAGUUCUUUAGUGUGAUUUACAAAAUUAGUUGGAUUUGUACAUAAGCUGAUACAAUUUGCUUGAUAUCCCUCAAUUUAGAGUCCGCAUACAAAUCAAGGCGUUGCAAGAGGGGCAGUUAGUUACAAAUAGUGUGCCCCUGUCUUGAUAUUAAGGGUGGAUGUGGAAAAAAGAAGAAACUAUUUCUUUUUUAAUCUUUGGCUGGGAUUCCCUUUCAUUCUUUGUUGGGAUUUUUGAAUUGAUUUGAAAUGAUAUCAGACGUUUGUGGAUGAUGGUAAUGAAA